UUGCCAUUCAGGGUAUACCUUUCAGAGCUCCCACUGAGUCAAUAUACGCAUUGAAAAGCUCCUUGAGACUAACCAAUUUAUGAGUUGAAAAUGUUGGGCAGAUCUUUAAUUCAAUUGAGAAGAUCUAUCAAUCCUCAUAGGAUAAAUACAUGCAGAAGAUUACACCAUCAAGUCAUUGGGAUUGACUUGGGAACCACGAACUCUGCAGUUGCAGUUGUGGAAGGGAAAGAUGCAAGAAUCUUGGAAAAUGAAGAAGGGGGUAGAACUACACCUUCUAUAGUUGCAUUUCCGAAAAGCUUACAAUCUGGUGAUGUCAAUGACAAUGAAAUCUUAGUUGGUCUACAAGCUAAAAGACAGGCAGUCGUGAAUCCUUAUAAUACGUUUUUCGCUACUAAGAGAUUGAUAGGGAGAAAGUUUGUUGAUGAGGAGGUUCAAAGAGACUUGGAUAACACCCCUUAUCGAAUUGUACCUAAUGAAAAUGGUGAUGCUUGGGUUUCUACUCAAUCUGGCAAAACAUUAUCACCUUCCCAGAUAAGUGCACAUAUAUUGACCAAAAUGAAGUCUAUUGCUGAGUCUCACUUUACUGGAGAAAACCAAAAGGUCGAACAUGCAGUUGUUACUGUUCCAGCUUAUUUUAAUGAUUCUCAAAGACAGGCAACUAAAAGUGCAGGUCAAUUAGCCGGAUUGAACGUUUUGAGAGUUAUUAAUGAACCAACCGCGGCUGCUUUGGCUUAUGGUAUUGAUAAGAAACAGAAGGAUGGUAUUGUGGCUGUUUUUGAUUUCGGAGGUGGUACUUUUGACAUUUCCAUUUUAGAUAUCGAAGACGGUGUUUUCGAAGUUAGAGCAACCAAUGGUAAUACUCAUUUGGGUGGUGAAGACUUCGAUAUCCUUUUAUUGAACUACAUUAUCAAUGAUUUCAAAGAAAAGACCGGUUUUGAUAUACUGAAAGACAGAUUAGCAGUUCAAAGAGUUAGAGAAGCCGCUGAAAGAGCUAAAAUUGAAUUAUCCCACGUUAAGGAAACAGAAAUAAGUAUUCCUUUUAUAGUUGAGGAUAAACACGUUCAAGUUAAAUUAACCGAAGACCAGCUCGAUGAAAUGUCUUUACAUUUACUCAACAAAACAAUCGACCCAGUAAAGAGAUGUGUUCGUGAUGCUGAUUUGAAACUUAAAGAUAUCGACGAGGUUAUUCUUGUUGGAGGUAUGACAAGAAUGCCAAAACUUAGAAAAAUCGUGGAAUCUCUCUUUGGUAAGAAACCAAGUACGGCCGUUAAUCCUGAUGAAGCUGUGGCAUUAGGUGCCGCUAUUCAAGGUGCUGUUUUGUCAGGUCAAAUUAAGAAUGUUGUGUUAUUGGAUGUUACGCCGUUGUCCUUGGGAAUCGAAACCUACGGUGGUAUUUUCAGUCCUUUGAUUCCAAGAAACUCGGCCGUACCUGUCAAAAAGGAAGCUGUCUUUUCAACUGCAGUUGAUGGUCAAACUGGUGUUGAAAUCAAAGUUUUCCAAGGGGAAAGAACUUUAGUCAAAGAUAACAAAUUGAUUGGUAAUUUCAAAUUGUCAAAUAUCCCUGUCAGCCCUAAAGGAACACCACAAAUUUCAGUUUCUUUCGAAAUUGAUGCGGAUGGUAUCAUAAAUGUUUCUGCUACCGAUAAGACACCUUAUCCCGAAGAUUCUCCUCAUUAUGGUAAACCAAAUUCUGUAUCCAUUCAAGUUUCUAGCGAAACAGGAUUAUCAGAAGAGGAAAUUAAACAAUUGAUAGAAGAUAGUAGCAAAAAUUCGAAGACCGAUGCAGAGAUUAAGAAACAUGUUGAAAAUGCUACAAGGGCAGAUAUAAUAUGUUCUGAUACCGAGAAUGCUUUACUACAAUUUGGUGAUUUCAUGGAACCAGAAGAGAAAGAGUUGAUUUCUCAAAAGGUAUCUGAUUUAAGGGUCAAAAUCAAUGAUAUAAGGGAAUACAGAGAAUUCCAUGAUCCUAAGAUUAUAACCGAUGAAGUAAACGACAUCCAACAAGUUUGUCUUGAAGCCAUCAAAAAAGUUGCCAUAAAACAACAGCAAGCUGAAGCAGCUAAGAAGAAUCAAAGUUAAUGAAAUUAUGUAUAUGCACCAGUAUAGUUAUGUAAAUAGAUCAACGUAUAUCUACAAUUAUUUAUUCAUGUCGAAUUAUAU